AUGUUCGGUGCUGGCGGAGGAGGUAUUGGUGGCCCCUCCAUAGACAGCCGGCACCAGCAACAGCCUCACCACCACCACCAGCAACAGCCGGGCGGCGGCGGCGGCGGCGGAGCAAGCGGAGGGGCUGUUGCAGCAGCGCACCACCCCCACAACGGACUGCAGCCUGACCAGCAGCAGCACGCCGGCUACUACGCGCAGCACGCCGGCUACCAGCAGUGGCUGCCCGCCCAGUUUGCGCAGUUCCAGCUGAGCACCGGCUACCCGCCGCCGCCGCCGCACCCUGCGGCCGGCGGCAUCUCCUUCUACGGCCCCCUGCCGCCGGCCAUGCAGGCGGCAGGCAUGGCGGGCCCGCUGGGAGGCCACGGCGCCGGCGGCGACCCGGGGCAGCCCUUUCUGGCAAUGCACCGCAUGCUAAUGGCGCUGCCGCCAGAUGCGGCGCCGCCGCGCGGCUGGGGAGGCAUGCAGAUACAAGACCAGCUGGACAGGCGGCACCCGGCCUACGGCGGCAGCGGGCCCGCACGGGGCGGCCGCGGCGGCGCCCAGGGCCGCGGCGGCGGGUACCGAGACGGCGGCGGCGCGCGCGGGCAGGCGCGGGGCGGCCGCGGCAGGCGCGGCCGCGGCGCCCACGGCGGCCACGCCAUGGGCGGCGGCGAGGCCGGCACGCAUGACCUCCUGCUGCGCAUCAAGCGCCUGCCGCCGGAGGUGCCGCUGGAUGAAGGGGUGCUGCAGCUGCUGCACGGCCUGGACAGCCGCGGGCUGGCCAUGGUCAUCAAGGACCUGGGCAAGGGCGGGCUGCCGCACCGCGGCGCGCAGCUCUUCGACCUGCUGCGCCGCCUGGGGCCCGGCUCCCCGCUGGCCCCGCUGCUGGAUGAGUUCACCUUCACCUCCAUGAUCAGCAACUGCGUGGCGCAGCAGGACCUGGGGCGCGCCAUGGCGCUGGCGGAGGAGAUGCGUGACCGAGGGAUCGAGCGCAACGUGCACACCUUCUCCGCCCUCAUGAAUGUGUGCAUCAAGUGCGGGCAGUACAAGCUGGCCCUGGAUGUGUACCGCGACAUGCAGGCCGCGGGCUGCCCCGCCAAUGUGGUGACUUACAACACCCUCAUCGACGUGUACGGCAAGAGCGGGCAGUGGGAAGAGGCGCUGGCGGUUCUGGAGCAGAUGAAGCGCGAGCGCAUCCAGCCCGUCACCCGCACCUUCAACACCCUCAUGAUCGCCUGCAACACAUCCAACCAGUGGCAGGAGGCCUUGCGGGUGUAUGAGCAGAUGGCCGCCAGCUCCCACCCGCCCAACACCACCACCUACAACGCGCUCAUCUCCGCGCACAGCAAGGGCGGCGACCUGCCCAAGGUGCUGGCGGUGUUCAAGGAGAUGGUGCAGAAGGGCUGCGAGCGCAGCGUCAUCACCUACUCCUCCCUCAUCUCCGCCUGCGAGAAGGCGGGGGAGUGGAAGCUGGCGCUGCAGCUGUUUGAGGAGAUGCGGGGCGAGGGAUGCGUGCCCAACGUCAUUUCUUACAACUCUCUAAUCACAGCCUGCGCACAGGGCGCUCAGUGGGAGAAGGCGGCUGAGGUGUUUGAGCAGAUGCAGCGCCAGGGCUGCCGCCCAGACGUCGUCUCCUAUACCGCCCUCAUCCAGGCCUACGAGCGCGGCGGGCAGUGGCGGCGUGCACUGGCGGCGUUUGAGGAGAUGAUACGCGCUCGGCCCUGCGCCCCCGACUCUAUCGUUUACAACACCAUCAUCGACGUUCUGUGGGAGACGGGGGUGGGGUGGGCGCAGCGCAAGGCGGCCAGCCUCUUCCGGCAGGCCUCGGCCGAGGGCCUCAUCCGCUGCCACAGCCACGCCGCCGGCGGCAGCCUGGAGCUCAACCUGCACUCCACCACGCCGGGGGUGGCCCUGCUCAGCCUGCACUGCUGGCUGCACGACCUGCUCGCCAAGCUGCAGGCGGAGGGCCCGGAGGCGCUCCCCGACAAGAUCUGCAUCAUCGCAGGCAAGGGCAAGAGCAAGGAUGCGCCGCACAGCAUCAUCAAGGAGACCGUGGGCGCCCUGCUGCGCAGCCUGCGGUCGCCCUUUGAGGAGGCCCCGGACUCCACGCCCCACGUCGGCCGCCUGGAAGCUGCCGGGAAGCUGGUGGCGGAGUGGCUGGCGGCAGACGGCGCCGCGGUGCUCGCCGCCGUCAUCCCCGCGGCCGCCGCGGGGCUCGGGGCCGCCCCGCAGGCGGCGCCAGCGGCGCAAGGCGCGGCGGCCGAGGCGGCCGGAGCGCGGCCCUGCGGCAGCGACGACGGCGGCAGCCCCGUCGGCUCGCCGCCUGCGGAACCCGGCUCGUCACCCCCGCCGUCCGCCGCCGCGGCGGCCGCCGCGGCGGCGGCGGUGGCCGUGGCGGGCCUCACGCGGCCCGCCGGCAGCAGGGAGGCAGACGCUGAGCUGGAGGCGGAGCUUGCCACGGAGGCCAGGGUGGCGGAGGCCUUCCAGACCGUCAAGUUCUUUGAGGAGACGCACUGCCUCAACCUGCAGGUCAUGAGCUUCAGCUACCUGCAGAAGCGCGCGGAGCUGAUCGCGGUGGCCUGCAGCAUGGGGGCGCAGCUGGCGCUGCCAGAUGAGACGGUGUACGAUGCAGUACUGCUGCUGGACCGCGCCAUGUCCAUCCCACUCAAGGUGGCAGACGGCCUGCUGGGGGUCACCAUGGCCGCCUGCCUGGUGGUGGCGGCAGAGCAGGCGGGCCUGCCAGACGCGCACCUGCCGGCGCUGGCGGAUGUGGCGCAGGUGAUAGGCGUCCUGCCAGAGCUGCUGGGGCAGAUGCAGGCGAGCGUGCUGGCGGCCCUCGGCAACGACACAGCCUCCAUCUCAGCGCUGCGCUGCCUGAAGCUUUACCUGGAGCGGAUCGGGGGAGACAUCAGCCCUACCGCAGAAAAGAGCGCGGGCAGCCGCAGCCCCUUCCGCCUCCUGCACGAGACGCUGGCCGACAGCGAGUUCCUCAACUACCGGCCCUCGGUGGUGGCGGCCGCGGUGCUCCUCGUCGACCGUCGCUCGCGCGGCCUAUCCCCCUACUGGCCCAGCGCCCUCAGCCUCCUCACCGGAUACGGCGCGCAGGCGAGCUUCGGGCCAAAGAACACGGCUGAGCUGGCGGCGGCCGUCUCGGGUGCGCAGCGCUUGUACGACAAGCUGCAGGUGCCCGCUGCACUGUGGAACUACCAGGCCACAUCUGGGGGCCACGGCUCAGGCAGCGACUCGGAUGGUGCCGGCCCCGGCUCGGCGCCGCCCACGCCCAACACCGGCAUGGCGCUUCCCCAUCAUUCUUCCCCAUGUUCCCUGUUUCUUAAGCCAAUAUCAUCGCUCCCCUGCUCCCAUCCACGCCCUGCUGCGAGCCGCUCCCUGGCGCUGUUCUUCUGCACCAUACCCUGACCCUGCCCUACACUGCACCGACCAGCUGCCUGGUGGCGCUGUGGAACUUCCCAGUGCUGAGUGAACAAUGGAUUUAAUUCAGCGCGUUGCGUGUGUGUGCCGUCCCGUGUUGUGUGCCCCCUUGCAUGCAUUGCAUGAGUGUGUGUUCUUCCUUGCAAUUUCAACCUGCUUUAUUCCUCCCUGCCGGUCAGACGUCUCCCAUGCGUGCAGCAGCUGCCUUGCUGCACGAGCAUGCUAUUUUUUAUCUUCCUCGAGCAUGCAGCACGCACCAUGCGCCCUGCACGAUAAUGCCUCUGCACAGCAGAACGCUCCCAUUUUUGCCGUUGACGGCGCCGUUGGCUAGGCCGCCGCAGUGGCCUGCCAUUGAUGUUUGUGUUUCCCACGCACCAACGAGUAUUUGAAUACUAGCUGUGCUGCCUGCCCUUCCUAAACAUGCCACAUACUACGGUGAGAAAUGCUGCUUGGAGGUCGCUUUCAUGGCCACCCUUGACGCCACCCCUUGCCGGUCGAGAAGCCAUGCUGUGUGCCACCGAUUGAUUCUGCCCUGUUCCUUCCUGCCUGUUGCGUGCCAACGCCUUGCCUUGCUGGUGCGCCCAUUUCGUUCCAACGGAUGAACCCCAUGCUGUUGUAAACACUGAUCCAGUA